AUGGUUAUGCUUUUAAGAAUAUCUGAAGCAAGUUAUUAUUACAAUGAUAACUUAUCACAAGUGUUACUGCAAAAGGAAAAGGAUAAAAAUCGUGAAUUUUUGACAUGGUGCACAACUUCAGUGGCAGAGCAAGAGAAAUGUGAAAAAUUGGCUAAUGCUACUUUACUAGAUAAGGGGCUCUUUGGAGAUGACUAUAUUGAAAUGACUUGCAAAAGGGCAUUUGACACAGAAGAUUGUAUGACAUGGGUUGAUCAAGGAGAAGCAUCUUUAUUGGCUCUGGAUGCUGGUGAAGUAUACAUUGCUGGGAGAUAUCACUCUCUUGUACCUAUAGCACAAGAGUUGUACGGUAAUGGGGAACCCUACCAGUAUUCAGUAGCAGUUGUAAGAAAAGGUAGUCUACCUUCUGUGCAACAGAGUACUGGACUUUAUGGACUGCGUGGUGUAAAGGCUUGCUUUCCUAGUGUCGGUGCGCUUGCAGGCUGGGUGAUGCCAGUACAUAUUUUAAUGCGAGAAGGAGGAUUAAAAGUGACCGACUGCAAUAACCAUGUCAAAUCGGCAGUCGAAUAUUUCGGAGACUCCUGUGCACCAAAUUCCUUGAAGGACAUAUACAAUCCCAUUGGUGAUAAUCCCGAUAAAUUAUGUAAGCUAUGUGCUGGUGGUGCCGGUAUAAGGUGCACUUUAGCAGAUCCCUAUGCUGGGUACGAAGGAGCGCUUAAAUGUCUUGUUGCUAAUGGUACCGGUGACAUUGCUUUUGUCAGGGAUACUACUAUUCAGCAUGCUCUGCUAUCACAUAAAAUACUGGGUGGUAUAAGAGAGGAUAGCUUUGAGUUAAUAUGUCGCGAUGGUUCACGCGCGCCGGUAACCGAAUGGGAGAAGUGCAAUUGGGGUCGAAUCCCAGCGGAUGCAAUUGUCACAAGCAGUGCUGCAACUCAAGAACAACGAAAACGUUACCAAAACAUUCUACAGAAAAUGGUACAACUAUAUGGGGAGCCCAAUCCAUCGAACAGAAAUCCAAACAAUACAUUCGGGCAACAAAAUCGCGACCAGUACGGCAAUUUCGCAACUUCGACCGAACGCGAUUCGUACGACCAAUACCGGAGGUACAAAUUCGAUAGGCAGGGCAAUGACGAUACCAACAGAGUUAGCACACUUGCACCGUUCCAGACCAGAAUAGAUCGGACUGGUCAACCUAUUGAACUGCCCAUUCACCUAUUUAAAUCCAAUGAAACAACAGAUCUAUUACUACAGGAUGCCACCAUAAACUUUCGCUUUCUAAAAGAAGAAGAACAAGCGGCCAAGCACAUCCUGAACAAUAAAUAUGUGGGUGAUCAAGCAGAGAAGGCUGUUUUGGGCGUUAGGUCUUGCCCUUUGAAAAGGGCUAUAUUGUGUGUUACCAGCGAUCCAGAGAUGGAUAAGUGUAUUAAAAUGAGGAUAGCGCUGAAGGCGGCAGUGCUGUCGCCUACAUUGUCCUGCUGGCGCGGGCACAGCGCGCGCCACUGCGAGCGCGCGAUAGCGGACGGCACGGCCGACUUCGCGCUGCUCGACGCGGCGGACAUGCUGCACGCCGCGUACAAGCACCGCCUCGUGCCCUUCAUGCAGGAGUCCGUCCUGCUCACACUGCCGGUUAAAGCUGCCUGUGUGCGGCGGAGCGUGUUCCUCGUAUUGCACCCACGUGACCACACUCUCGAUGGUCAUGUUUCACGCCGAUACUGCCGGUUAAAGCUGCCUGUGUGCGGCGGAGCGUGUUCCUCGUAUUGCACCCACGUGACCACACUCUCGAUGGUCAUGUUUCACGCCGCGUACAAGCACCGCCUCGUGCCCUUCAUGCAGGAGGUGUAUACUAAUGGUCAUAGUUGGUACUACGCGGUGGCGGUGGCCAAGGAGCAAGACCCAGACACCGACCUGACGUACUUACGUGGCAAAAACACAUGCCACACCGGGAUAGGCACUGCUGCCGGGUGGAUCUUCCCAUUGGCCUAUCUCCUGUCCAAUGGGUGGAUAAGGCCGUACGGUUGCGACGGGGCGCACGCGGCCGCUGAGUACUUCAGCAAAUCGUGCGCACCGGGCGCCCUGAGCAGCGAAUACGUGGACGCCGCCACGGUGCCACAUGACAACCUCUGCCACCUCUGCCACGGAGCAUCCUUCAGACGCUGCCGGCGCGACGCGAGCGAGGACUACUACGGGCACGUGGGCGCAGUGCGGUGCAUGGUGGAGGGGGGCGGCGACGUGGCGUUCGUGCGGCACACCGCGCCCGCAGAGGUCUCCGGCGGCAGGAGGCGCGAGUGGUGGGCCAGGGACCUGCUGCCGGACGACCUGCAGCUGCUCUGCGCCGACGGUACACGCGCCAAAAUGCAUGAAUACGAACACUGCAAUCUUGGCAAGGUCCCCGGGUCAGUCCUCAUGGGUAGGGCCAAUCACACAGAGUUGGAUACAUUCUCCAACCUUAUGGUGUAUGCACAACAAUUAUAUGGAGCGGCCACUUCUGAUGAAUUUAGUUUCAGCAUGUUCUUCUCACAACCCCCAUACGCCGAUCUCAUCUUCAGUGACGCUGCAGUCCGAUUAAAACCUCUACCACAUUCCAAGAGAUCAGCAGAAAUGAUAGCAGGCCCAGCUUUAUUGAGAGCAGCGAGAAUUGUUUCAUGUGACGCCCCACAAGCCUCUUACUAUGUUGCACCUGAUCCGGAGUUUUUAUCUCAAUCUUAUAGAACAUAUGUGAUGGGACAUGUUGUUGCUAUAACACUUUUUAUGAUUAUGUUAUUACAU